AUGGCCACCGUUAACAUCCUUCCCUUUCCCGCCUUCGCGCGCUCCAUCCCUGCUGCCGAUCGUGCUUCACUGUCGGGACUCUCGGACGCUGCCAUUCGUGAAUGGGUCGUCGCCAAAGCAGAGGAGUACCGCGAGAUUGCACUGUCUCUGCUAUCUCUCCACAACUCAAUCGCGCCGAUCCAUCGAGCUUUGCCAACGGAACUCCUCUCCGAGGUUCUGUCAUACUGCUGGGACGACAUGCGCAGUGUCCGCCUUAUGCACGUCUGCCGUCUCUGGCGCGCGAUAGCCCUCAAAACACCGCGGCUGUGGGCAGAAGCCGCCGCAGCUCCGGGUACCCAAUUCACAUUCAACAAGGCCAGGAUACACGCGCAGUGCCAAGACCUGGAGGAGAACCGCAUCUCGUUUGCGGCCACCGCGAUAGAACUCUCGUCUCCGGCACCGCUGCGCCUCAAGAUCCAUUUUCUCCCCAACGCCCUAUCCCAGACACUUUCAUCGCACACCUCCCGACUCGUCGAUUUGUUUGUCCGCCUCAAAAGCGUCGCCCAGCUCAAGUCUCUGUGCGCACUUCUUUCCAACGGCGUACCCAACCUCAACGUCCUCGGUAUCGCGUUUCCCGGGUAUACAGGGAUGAACCGAGAGUGGCUGGUUCCGGGAACCAGAACCCACUACGACGACAUCGACGAGCAGGGCGACCAACGGAACCUCUCCAAGGAACUCACCAAAUGGAGCUCGGAUGUUCAAGGCCGGAUCGCGGACACUCCUCGUCUUCAGACGCUCCGAUGCGUUCCGAUCGAUCUUGUGUCUCACUUUGCUUGCCCCACCGUACGCGACAUGUGCAUCACUCCCGCGAUAUUCAACCCGCAUCAUUUGGAGGGCUUCGUUCACGCGUUGAUGAACACUCCGGACCUCACGCGCCUUGAUGUAUGCAUGAUGAACAGGAGCAAUGUCCGGCUGAGGCCAGACGAUGACGCCCCCGGGUGGACAGCCAGCCCCGUUGACCUUCCGGCGCUGCGGACCUUGGUCGUCAACCUCGACAGUAACAUGAACACGGCAAUGUACCUGGACCUUAUCUCUAUUUCGUCCUCCGUCAGCAUCAACCUCACGCAAGGCGAACGCGGUCUUUCGUACCUCUACCACCGCCUCCGUUCUCGCCACACCCCGUUCAUCCAAGCUCAAGUGCGGUCCGCGAGAACCGUGAACAUCUGCGACUCCCACGACCAGUGGAACAUCCCCACCACUGUCGUUUCGACGUCGAAGGACGGAGAGCAGCUCAUCCGCUUCACCUUCUCCGCCGGUUCGCGCGGUAGGCCUGGCAAUCUAGAAUCGUUCGACUUCAUCGAGAUCUUCCGGCACACGGGCGCGGCCGUCACCCACCUUGUCCUCCACCAGAACUGGGAGAUCGAGACCCCGAGCGCGCAGCCCCACGUCGCGUUCGGGCUGAACUGCGGGGACGACAAGUCGGCGUCGCGCAAGGCGUGGGCGGCGCUGCGGGCGCGGCCGGUGGGGUGGAGGGAGACGGUGCUCCGCACGAUCCCUGCACGGGUCGCGGCGCUGGUGAAGCCGCUGGAGUAUCGCGCGCAGCGCGGUCUCCGGUUGGAGCGGCUGGAGUGGGAGGAUCGGGAGUGGGACAUGACGUUGAGGUUGGAGUUCCCCCCGUCGGCGGUGGUGAGGACGUACAUGCCGGGCCCUGCGCUGUUUGACCAGGAGGAGCUCGAGAAGCUGGUGGACGGGCCGGUCGUCUUCGGGGGGUUCACAUAUCAGGAGAUGGUUGGGUAG